AGACACAUAUUGCUGACAGGCUAGCCGACAGAGGAGGUGUAAUCACACAGAGCGAGGCACCAGCAGGAGGAGCAGGGACACAGCUGACAUUACACAGUUGCGAUGCUGACCGCCUGGUGGCUGUUAGUAAUAGGAUCAGCUUUGUCGUACAUGGUGGGGGCAGAGGACCAGCCUCUGCCUGAAGAAGAGGUGACCCUACCGGAUGACCCCGCGGACCUGGCCAACGUGCUGAAAAGAGCGCAGGGGGCCCUGAUACGCAGCAUUCUCCACAGAAUUGAAGAGGAACAGAGUGGCAGAGACACAGACUCCCCCAUGACGGAAUGGAUCUCCAAGAGGCAGCACCCAGGUAAAAGAUUCUUUGAGGAUGUGGAGAAGAGACAACACCCAGGCAAAAGAGAAGAUGGCGAUUCGUACCUGGAGCUGCCAAAGAGGCAGCACCCAGGAAGAAGAUCUCCCCUAGGGGAUCAGCUUAUGGAUAACUCUAACCCUCCCUUGGGUUUCCUGACUGAGGUCUCCAAAAGGCAACACCCAGGCAAGAGGAAUCCGGGCUACACCAAGCGUCAGCAUCCAGGAAAGAGAGGGUGGGAUGAUGAUGAUGAAGACAGCGAGAUGGAAGACCUUCAAGACAUAGAGAAACGCCAGCACCCUGGUAAGAGGUAUCUAGAGACAGAGAACUUUGACUAUGUGCCCCCAUGUGAAGGGCAAGACCCUUUCAACUGCAGCAAGGGAAGUCUUCUGCUGGAGCUCCUAGACAAUGUGAACAGGGGGAGGCUGGAAGAGAAGCGGCAGCACCCCGGGAGGAGGUCAGCUUGGGAGGCGGAGGACCCUGCAACCCAGAAGUAAUUGCCCCUACAUUCCUGAGACCAGUUAAAACAACACCACAACUGACCCCUCCACGUCUGGAGACCAACACGAUUCUACCUGCAACUAUAAGUCCACAUGUGAAACCCCCCUUACCCUCUAACACAUACCCCCGGCACUGUGUCUACAGGGUACCAGCAUAUGUAACAUCUCGGCACUACAUUCUGGUGUAAGACGGUAACAUUCCUCAGUCUCUACCAACAACUCACCCAACCGGUCAGGGACACUAGAUUGCUAUUAAUAUUCUUUAAUUUGACGAUAGAUAUAAUUAUUUUACUCUUGUAUUGGUGGUUUAAUACAGAUUGAGGUCCGUUCUACGGGGGUCAUUCCGAGUUGUUUGCUCGUUAUUUUUUUUUAGCUACGGAGCGAUUAGUCGCAAACUGCACAUGCGCAAUGUAUGCAGCGCGCCUGCGCCAAGUAAAUUAGCGCAAAAGUUUGGUAUUUUACUCACGGCGUAACUAAGUUUUUUCAUCGUUCUGCUGAUCGGAGUGUGAUUGACAGGAAGUGGGUGUUUCUGGGCGGAAACUGUCCGUUUUCUGGGAGUGUGCGGAAAAACGCAAGCGUUUCAGGGAAAAAUGCGGGAGUGUCUGGAGAAACGGGGGAGUGUCUGGGCGAACGCUGGGCGUGUGUGUGACAUCAAACCAGGAACGAAACUAACUGAACUGAUCGCUAUUUGUGAGUAGGUCUGGAGCUACUCAGAAACUGCUAAGAAAUUUCUAUUCGCAAUUCUGCUAAUCUUUCGUUCGCACUUCUGCUAAGCUAAGAUACACUCCCAGUAGGUGGCGGCUUAGCGUGUGCAAUGCUGCUAAAAGCAGCUAGCGAGCGAACAACUCGGAAUCACACCCUACAUUCACUCCUCCUUGUGUGUCAAUGUCAGAGUAGAUAAAGAAAAUAGAUCAGGCCCAUAUUAAAUUUAAAAUUCACAUCUCUCAGAUUAAGGGCCACAUGGGUCUGGUGCUGAAAAUGUUAAAGGGCCUUUGUGCGAAGCGGAGGAGGUGUGACCAGUGCAGUGUGGGUGGCAUUUAAUUCUCUCUACAUGUCAUGUCGGACACCGGACAGAGACAGGUCAGGCGAGAUUAGGGAUGGCUAAGACACGUCACAAUGCAAGGCAGCUUUAUUUCCCAAUAAAAUAUAGAUUGUGUCGCCCAUUGUCCUGCUUCCGCCACAGCCCCAGUUUCCACGCGAGAAUUUUGCAAACGUGUGAAAGUCUGACCACAUUGUAGUAAAAGCGAACUAAAGUAUCUUUUCAUCGUAGCCUAACAAUGGCCCUCAUUCCGAGUUGUUCGCUCGGUAUUUUUCAUCGCAUCGCAGUGAAAAUCCGCUUAGUACGCAUGCGCAAUGUUCGCACUGCGACUGCGCCAAGUAACUUUACUAUGAAGAAAGUAUUUUUACUCACGGCUUUUUCUUCGCUCCGGCGAUCGUAAUGUGAUUGACAGGAAAUGGGUGUUACUGGGCGGAAACACGGCGUUUCAGGGGCGUGUGGCUGAAAACGCUACCGUUUCCGGAAAAAACGCAGGAGUGGCCGGGGAAACGGUGGGAGUGCCUGGGCGAACGCUGGGUGUGUUUGUGACGUCAACCAGGAACGACAAGCACUGAAAUGAUCGCACAGGCAGAGUAAGUCUGGAGCUACUCUAAAACUGCUAAGUAGUUAGUAAUCGCAAUAUUGCGAAUACAUCGGUCGCAAUUUUAAGAAGCUAAGAUUCACUCCCAGUAGGCGGCGGCUUAGCGUGUGUAACUCUGCUAAAUUCGCCUUGCGACCGAUCAACUCGGAAUGAGGGCCAAUAUACAGUCUCCAAAGCAACACCUCAAACCAUUGCUGCAAAAAGAUUCCAAAUCAUAGCAAGACUGACGCUACAUGUUAAUUUGAUCACUUGAAUAUUAUUAUUAUCAUUAUUAUUAUUACUACUAAUUACCUGUGAUUCAUAUAGCACACACAUUGUACGCAUCAACAUGUAAACGCCACACAGAGAACAUGCAAACUCCACACGUUCCACUCUUUUUGAUUAUAGUUUCAGGAUAAGGAAACAGGAGUAAAGAUGUUUAAUUCCCCUUUAUAUGUGAUCUGUACAUUCUCGUUGGAUAUUUGCACAUCUACAGAAUACCCCUUGUGCGGUUAAUAAAGAGUGUCAGAGUAAUUUUGCAUCUGUCUGGUCACCCAGCAGCGGCAACCUCUAGAUUAUAGCAUUAGUUAUCGGAAUCCCAGUAUCCACAUCUAGAACUCGUGUAGACAGUAAAUGUUCGAUGGACCCUAGAAUAAUUGUACAUUCUCUUUCCUGUUAGUUUUAGUACAUUAGGCAGAGGCCUUGCCAAAGCCUACAGGCCAACAACAAGACGCUUUAAGUGUGUGUGUGUGUGUGUGUGUGUGUGUGUGUGUGUGUGUGUGUGUGUGUAUGUGUGUGUGUGUGUGUGUGUGUGUGUGUGUGUGUU